AUGACACAAAGUCUCUCAAAAAUACGAAUUGCUGCUGCAACUUACUUGGAAGUUAUGCACCUCUUUCGAUUUUCAGAUUACGCCCACAAUGAAGACUUUGUGCAAAAAAUAAAGACGCUGCUCGAGUCGUUCAACAAACUGCGGGAAGAAGACUUUGAUAAAAUAUACGAGCAGUACAUACGUCCAGUAGUCAACGUGACCAAGUUCGACUACAAACUCACACAAGUUGCAUUUGCCGCAUUAUGUCUUCACGUGGCAUUACUCGGGUCAGCAUCAUAUACGGAGAAACAUGGACCUUAUGUUGCGUCGAAAAUAGCUACUUGGAUAAUCAAUGAUGCGAAAUUAAAAGUCCUCACCCAUAUAAUUCGUUUGCUCAACAUUGCAGAGUGCGGAUGGGACAUAGACUACUCGAUAAAGACAAUCGAAGAGAUAGUGGAAACUAUAUCUUUACCCAGCACUAUAGCAUCAUGGAAUGGUACUAUCUCUGGUGUAAAUACGGAUAAUUAUUCAUUGACAACUACAAAGGUUGUUUUCCUAGACUUUCUGAAUGUAGUCUGCGCUCACUGUUCACUUGAAGGAGCAAGACGGUUAGUAAAGUUUUUUGUACGUUGUUAUAUAUCGAGCUAUUUUCAUGACAAAGAAGACAAUGGGUAUAAUUUGACAAAAGUAUGUGACGAAAUAGUAAAAAGCCCAAAGUUUUACAAAUUUCCUUACAUCAAAGACGUAUUUUUCGACCUUUGUACGGAAGAGCUCUUGUUUAUUGGACCACGAACUACCGACACGCCUUCUGCUCAGUUCAACAAAACCUUGAAAAUUUUUGAAAUACUAAAAAACUCUUGUAGCGCACGGGCCCUAAGAAAUAGGAUGAGAGCAAUAAUUGAUCUUAUUGGAACCAUUCCAGCGGAUCACUUUAACGACAGGCAAAAAGACGGGUUAAUUCUCCAGACAAUGCUUGUUGAAAAAAUAGUCGACAAAAAAGGACUCGAUAUCUCUGAUACAAUGCAAGUUUGCAGAAGGUUCAUCUAUACUAUGAUGAACGGCGGUAGCAAGGGCAUGUUGAUUUAUCAUCCAGCGUAUUACAUGUGGUGGAUCACAAAUGCGAUAUCUCAAGAUGGAAAAAUGCAACAGUACACCAAGUCUCCCAAAUAUGUCGCGUAUGAAAAAGAAAUAUCGAAUCAAAUGGCCGACAUUAUCGAAAAAACUGUAAAGGUAGCGCAAAUGUCGAUGCAAUUUUUGUUCCAAAACCCAUCAUCAGCGUAUACUUUGCAGUAUGUGGAUACAAUAAGUGAAUUUCUGAGAAAUUUGCCAACUCCACUUUUAUCGGCCGGUAAAUUUGCCGAAUGGAUGGACGAUACCGUAGAAAACCUUGAAUAUCAAUGGUGUCUGCGACUCAUUGCUGACUUUUUAGAGGAUGGCAUUCAAUGUUACAAUGACAGUGAAUCGCUGGUAACAUUGUCACUUUUUGUCAAAGAUCAAUUAAAUAUAGCGUUUGAUUGCUUGACUAGUAAACAAUAUACAGAAUUUCUGAUCGACAAGUUUGAAGAAGUUGAACUUCUUCUGCGAACUCUCAAGAUUGUUGUCACUUAUAUUAAACGUAUGCCAGACAUUGCGGCAAAAAGAGACAUUCUUGAUCAUAUAAAUGAAAAGCUAAACAGACUUGCUACAACAGUUUUAAUCAUAAUGGAUUGCACAGACGAUAUCAGCCAGCGUGUAGUAGAAAAUGUAUUGACAGUCUUUUCCAUAUCAGUUGAUUGUGUUCAGUUCUCAAAUAGCGAAACAGCCAGCGCGUGGAAAUUAUUGCUAAUGUUCUGUGAGUUGCUCUACCUACUAAUGAAUCGCACAUCAACGGAAGUUCAGUCAGCCGAACUGAUGGUCAGCAGUUUUAUCGGUACGUUGACAAGAAAUCAAUUCGAAUACGUUUACAAAGGCAUGAUCAAUAUAAUCAAUGACAAAAUCAAGGAAAAUGCAACCAACGAUCUCAACAUUCUCGUCAAGUUAAUCGAUUGCAUGAUUAGGAGAAAAGACUUUAACGAAUCGAUAAAGGAAAAUCUGACGGCAGUGAUCGGUACUUUGUGCAAUGCUGGCUACCGUCGAAUAACGCAAAACACCUUGAUUCGCUUGAUGAAUUUAAUCGCAUAUAUCUGUAGUCUGAGAGACUUUAAGAUACAAUUGGUACAUGUCGACGAUAUAAUCACGAUGCUUCACGCUCUUCUCUGUAAUUACGAGUCUGACAAUCAGACCGAAUCAGCGUCGAUAUUUAUCGAAGCCUGCAGAUUGCUUCUCAUACUGGUCACCUUGCACAGUUUGGAAUUGAAAAAGUCGGGAGCGAUUCGUCUGGUUGCACCAACGACCUAUAUUCUGUUGUUGCUGCUGAAGGGUCCACAAACCGGUGGUCACGCCUUGACGCCCAAGUUCGCCAUACAUUCGGUGGACAAGAAAACUCGUGGAACAAUGGCGUAUCAAUUUCGAAGACUCCUUGAGGCGGUCUCGCAUAAUCUGCGCUUCACCAUAAUUACAGAGGAUGUUCCGCUCAUCCUUUCGGAAUACAUCAGCCUGCUGCUUGUUGAAGAAAGGAAAAGUGUCAAAGAUAUCUUGAGGCCUGGCACAUUUGCGCUGUUUGAUCUGUGUGAUACAAAUGAAGUCGAGAUAACUAUGGGUUAUCUAAGCAAAAUUGGAGAGGAACUGUUCGGAGAAUUGUGGAAUGCAUACAAUGCGGCGAAGAUUAAUAUGUGA